GUUGUGUAAUCUUAUCAGUGCGGCGAGGCAGGUAGAUAAGGUUGGAGCGGCGGCGAGGUGGGUGCGGCACUUCACCAGGCGUUCUCUCUCAUCAUGGCCUCCCAGCGGUUACAGCUCGUGCUGAUCGUGCUUGCGCUGUCGGUCGCUGCCAGGGCGCAAGAAGCCGAAGUGGCCGUCCAGAAUGGCACCGAACCCGCAGCAGAAGUCCCGCCCCAGCCUUCUCCGCUACCGGUGGAGGUGGUGACCGAACCUCCGGGACAAACGACUCCUCCGGAAGUAACCGAGAAACCGGCGGAAACAGCCACAGCUGCACCGGUCGACUUGGAAAUUACGCCCCCGCCUGAAGUGGAAGAUCCUCUGCUCGCCGCCAAAAAGGUGGAAGGAAGCCCGGAAUUCGACCAACCUGCCAUAUUCGUACAGCCUGACGCUAUUGGGAAAGCUCUAGGUGCAAGGUGUCGUGUCAGUGAUGACUGUGCAGAAGUUAGCGAUACAGAUUGCGUAGAUGGUGUAUGUGUUUGUAAGGCGGGCUUCAUUCCCUCGAAACACAACUUGUCUAAAUGCCUCAAAGUGCCGACCGGAUUGGGCGACGAGUGCGAGGAGGAGGCUCAGUGUGAUCAUGCUGUUCCGGAGAGUGACUGUCGCGACAACAUAUGUGUCUGCCGGCACAAUUACAUCUUCGACUCAGGGCGCUGCUGGGAGAAACAAAUGCUCGGAGGAAACUGCAACAUCUCCCUCCAAUGUGAUGAUAUAGAGUUUGCGACCUGCGCUCAGGGAGUCUGCAAUUGUAUCGACCCUUACAUUCCGAGCCCUGUCAACAAGUGCCUCCAACCUGCUGGAAACUUGUACAAGGCACCUUGUGUGGAGGAUAUUCAGUGCACACAUUCGUACGGAGAUGAAGCACGAUGUAGUAACAGUAUGUGCAGGUGUACCAACAACUACCAUUUCAACGGUACAACCUGCAUUGUUGACAAAAAACUUGGAGAAGUCUGUGAGACCCAUGAAGACUGUGCUGUCUCCGAUGAAGGGUCCAGGAUGUGUGUGGGUAACAAUUGCACAUGUGCAGAUGGAUACAAGACUCUCCCUGGAGAAGACAUUUGUACAAGAUCGUCUGGAGAGGAGUUGGCUGUCUCUCUGACAUGGGUACUCUGUAUCGUAGUCGCCAAGUAUUACCUGGCGUAGUUAGUGACGCAUGUUAGACAUUCAACUUAACACAGUUGGCAAUGGAUUCAAACGGACCCUGCAAGUUCCAUCACGCAGAGGUUGAAAAUUGUUUGGAUCACAAAUGGAUAUAUGGUUAUACAGCUAUCUGAAUUAUAUCUGUGCUUUUUAGUUUGUACUGUACAUGUAUAUUACUAAUUUAGUGUAUUUAUAUUGUUCAUUCACUCAUGUGUCUGUAGAGCAGAAUAGAGUAAUUAUUAAGUCAUAAAUGUUAACUAUAAUUAUAGCCUUCUUAGCCCUUUGUUCUAAUACUGCCAUUACUUACGGGAUUAAUUAAUUAAUGAACUUACUUAAUAGUUAAUUAAGUACUAUAUAAUUGUAUAUUUCAAAAAUAACUAUUCAAUCAGCAAAAAAGGCAUGUUACUGAUUCUCAGAGAAAAUUUUAGCACACCUUUCCUAACAAAAUUUAUUGAAUUUCAUUUUUAAUAUCAUAAAUUAGAAAGACAUGAUAUUGGUUGUCCCAAAUAAACUAUUCAUAUAGUUUAAAAUGUUUUAGUAUUGAGAAAGAGUAGAUUAGUGCUGAAUUAAUUGCUGUGUUCUUUUGUAAGUCAUUAGUUUAUUAAGGAUUUGUGUUAUUAGAUAAGUUGUAAUUAAUAAAAUAUAAUGAAGUAUAA